AUGGACUACUUCAAGAAUAGGUAUGAGAACGAGGUGUUUGGAUACUGGUGUUUUCAAGUUGUCAGCGCGCCAGAAGCGAUUGAAGUCAUCCAGGCGCACAUAGACUCGCUUGCCAGUAUCGCAUUCAAUCUGCGCGGCCCUACGAUCUGGAAAACGCACUACGCCCCGACAGACGUACUAAGGAAGAACCUACAUGAGGGGUUUCUCAUGCCCCUCGACUGCCUUCAACUUACCUGUCCGAGGAAGACACGAAACGCUUUGUGGAGACAUUCAAGCGCAGAGGCGCCGACAUGCUGGUGCAAACUCACGUCGAACCAGCUUUCCGCCAAAGACAACCAGCAGAUGCCGCCAGAGUGCCCCUUCUCGCCGGCGAAUGCGCCGAUCUACUUCGGCACGGCUAAGUACGAUUAUGCCUGCGUUCCAAAGGCUGGCUACACGGUCUUUGGGAACGAGGUAUUUAGCGGAUACAGCGUGACGAUACUAGCAGACGAGAUCGCCCGCAACCUUGAAGCAUGGAUCGAGGGCGCUGUAAUGCCGAAAGCUGGACUUCAGCAGUGCUUUCUGUACCGUGUACCUAGUGUAGCAGAUGCAGAUAACGCUUGUGCAACCUUCUCGCAGCCUUCGGUGCUACUCUUCUACGGCCCGUCAACUUACAAAUUCUAG